UCUGGGUUCGGGGAAAAGAUGAGCACCGCAUAACUGCCCGGCUCUCUUCCAGUGCUGCCAUUUCCGCGGGUCGGCUUUGGUCUCUUCCCUUUUGCCUGGGCUGACGCCGGGACCGGUGCAGAAAAAAGGAAAAGUACUCAGAGGUGACUAGGUUUUGCGAUUUUAGGCACUGCGGUCUCGGAGUCAUGGAGUACACCAUGUCACCCAAACCUCAGCUCUCCUCCCGUGCGAACGCCUUCUCCAUCGCAGCGCUCAUGUCAAGCGGAAACCCCAAAGAGAAAGAAAGCCCCGAAAACACCCUUAAGCCUCUGGAGCAAUUCGUGGAGAAAUCAUCUUGUUCUCAGCCUCUGAGUGAUUUGCCAAACUUGGAUACCCAUGGGGAUUUCACCAGCAGUAGCAGCCCUUCCUCUCUCUGCACAGAGCCACUAAUCCCCACCACCCCAGUUAUCCCUAGUGAGGAGAUGGCUAAGAUCUCCUGCAAUUUGGAAACCAAAGAGCUUUGGGACAAAUUCCACGAACUAGGGACUGAGAUGAUAAUCACAAAAUCAGGAAGAAGAAUGUUUCCAACCAUUAGGGUUUCCUUUUCUGGCAUGGAUCCAGAAGCCAAGUUCAUUGUGCUCAUGGAUAUAGUUCCAGUGGACAAUAAGAGAUACAGAUAUGCCUACCAUAGAUCUUCCUGGCUGGUUGCUGGCAAAGCAGACCCCCCUCUGCCUGCAAGGCUAUAUGUGCAUCCAGAUUCUCCAUUUACUGGGGAACAAUUGCUGAAGCAGAUGGUAUCCUUUGAAAAAGUGAAACUCACAAACAAUGAGCUGGAUCAGCAUGGUCAUAUAAUACUGAAUUCAAUGCACAAAUAUCAACCUAGAGUGCAUAUCAUCAAAAAGAAGGAUCACACAGCCUCCUUGCUUAACUUGAAAUCUGAAGAAUUCAGGACAUUUAUAUUUCCAGAGACAGUGUUUACAGCUGUCACUGCCUACCAAAACCAACUGAUAACCAAGCUGAAAAUUGACAGCAACCCUUUUGCUAAAGGAUUCAGGGAUUCUUCCAGACUCACAGAUAUUGAGAGAGAAAGUGUAGAGAGUCUUAUACAAAAGCAUUCCUAUGCUCGAUCCCCCAUCAGAACCUAUGGAGGAGAAGAUGAAAUUCUGGGAGAUGAUAACCAAACAACACAAAGCCGAGGAUCAGCUUUUACAUCUGAUAAUUUAUCCCUCAGUUCCUGGGUCUCAUCCUCUUCAAAUUUUCCUGGAUUUCAACAUCCACAGUCCUUGACUACUCUUGGUUCCAACAGUGCCUCAAUAGCCACUCCAAUUCCUCAUCCAAUUCAAGGAUCACUGCCUCCAUUUAGCCGCCUGGGAAUGCCUUUGACACCUUCUGCCAUUGCUAGUUCAAUUCAGGGAAGUGGCCCCACAUUCCCAUCUUUCCAUAUGCCGAGAUAUCACCAUUAUUUUCAGCAAGGGCCUUAUGCAGCAAUUCAGGGACUACGCCAUUCUUCUACAGUGAUGACACCUUUUGUAUAACUGACCCAAAGUCAAGGAAAGGCAAAGUUAGGCACAGAAAGAAUGAUGGACAUAUUGUAAAGAGCUGAGAAGAAACAUUGUAAGAAUUGAAGAGGAAAACUAGCUUGCAUGAGAUGGUGAAGGAAUCAAAGUUACAUGAAAAAUGUACUAAUCAUUGUGGCUGGGAAAUCUAAACCUAAUGUUGCCAAAUGGGUUCUGAAUGUAGCAAGGUUUCCAAUUAAUUGUCAGAUUAUGCGAAGGUGCAUCAUAACCACUAGAUAAAAGACUAUGUUCAUGCAAUGGUAUAUAGCAGUGCUGUUUCUAGAUUUCCUUCUCAACAAAAGCAAAAGAGGCAAUAUUGGUGUAGUGAUUUCAUUGGGGGGAAUGAACAUAUUUAGCCAUUGCAGUUCUGCCUAGAAAAAAAUAGAAGGAAAUGUUAUUCAACAUUAUCCUCUCCCUUCCUUUUAAUUCCUUAAAAUAUCAAUCCCUAAUUAGAUGGGAACCACAAAUCACUGGAAUUCCUUCUCUCUCUGUUUUAUUGAGUGCAGUGAAUGAAAGUUGUGCAAGUCAGCACACACACUUGUGAAAGUAGAGCAUGCAUGCAUGUAUUAAUCUUUUUAAAAUUGAAAGAUUUGUACAGAAUUUUUCUCCAGUGGAUUAUGCCCGAUCAGUGCUCCAGACACUAAAUAUAAUUCAGUGACAAAGCUAAAACAAAAAAUCACAAAGUUAAAUAUUAUUUUAGUUCAAAUUCAGCAUUGCUGAAGUGUAUCAACAUAAAUAUUGUACAUACAUAUGUACAUAAAAUACUUAGCUGAGAAACAUUCAUUAGGAAAUCUUGGAAUGAAGCAAUCUAAACAUUGACUUCUGGGAAUGGAACAAGAUUUAAAUCUCUUAAAUAAAAUGUGAACAUAAAAUAACUUUGUAUCUUACCCUGAAUUUUUUCACUUAUCUAGCAAAUCAAAACAUUACAUACUGUUAAAUUUUUAAUCAAAAAAUUAUAGCAGUGCAAAGAAAUUGUAAAAUGGGAUAGGCAAAUCUAGAAGCAAGACUUCUAACAAUAUUUUAACUGGUAUAGACAAGAUUAAUCUUACAGUUCUGAUUUUUUUUUUACCUAUACUGCACUCAUUCAGUUCAAUGAACUCCCCAAAGUUUCUUUCAAAGAAUAAAAAUACACUGAAACGUUCAUGGGUAGUUCUUGUAGUUACUUAGAGUAGAUGUGCACUUGUCAUCAACAGUUUGGGCAAUCAUUGCUUUCUGAGUGCAGGAAUAGAUAGUAUUUCCAUUCCCAACCUAUUAUAAAUAUACUCUGCACCAAACUUUUCCAGCUUUGAUUAAAACUUUUCUGACUUGACUUAAGCUCUUUAGAAGCAUGGUCUUUAAUGCUUUAUUCCAUUCUAGUAGCAGACCCAACUUCAAUUGGAUGCAGUGCCUGGCAUGUUCCCUCCUCUUCAGUAUCUAGUCACUUACCUGGGCAGCAGUUUUCUGCUGGGCUGUUAUGUUCUCGACUUUUAAAAAAAUAAUCUUGCAAUUAAUCCAAUAAUGGCCUGAUAAAGCCAUGAACCAUUCUGAAUCUUAGUCAUGUUCCAUUCAAUCCUUAUCAGGUAGGUGCCCUUUUGAUUUCUGUUCUCCUUGCUUUACAAUCCUUGCAAAGUUUUCCCUUGCUUAUUUUUUAACAUCUUAAAGUUGCAAUAUAAGAAUCUUUUUUUUUUUGUAAAAUGAACAAUUAGCAAAGUUUCCAUUGACCUACAGAGGAGUGUAUGAACAAAAGAAAAUCUUGUUCCUAUUGCUUUGAUUAUUGUAGUAUCAGAUUAAAAUAAAACAAGGGAAAAGGGGAAAAAAGAGAAAAUUCAAUAUCAAACAAGAGAUGAUGUUGGAAGUGGAAAUGAAAACAUUCAUGUGUAUAAAUAUCUGGAGAGGAAAAUAAUGGCACAAAAAUUAGUAAAGAGGGGAUAAAAAGCAGACAUUCAUAGCCCAGUCUCUGCAAACUUGGUGUCCUUUUAAUGAUGGAAAGCAGGGGAACAAAUAAUCAGAUGUUAGUGGUGAUCAUAGUCCAGGUGAACACUAGCUAGGCCCCAUUACCAAUUCAUUGCAAUCAAUCAGAUACCAGCAACUUGAGAAUUGCUCUUAGUUAUAAACAAAUGGAAAAUGUAUGAAUAUCUUGACUUCAUACUGUAUUAUUUUAUUUUAUUUUAUUUUUGAAUUUGUAUACCGCCCUUCUCCCUGAGGACUCAGGGGGUGAACAGCCAAAUAAAAACAUCAAAUACAAAUAUUAAAACGCAUUUAAAAAAUAUAUAUAGAUUUGGCCCCAUUAAUUAAAACGAUAAACAAAACAAAACAAUUAAAAAACCCUUAAAAAGAAAUUAAGCCAGCCUGGCUUGUUGAAAAAAGAAAGUUUUAAGGGCACGGCGGAAGGCACUGAGGUCAUGGAUUCUCCUUAUCUCAGGGGGCAACUGAUUCCAGAGGGUGGGUGCCCCCACAGAGAAGGCCCUCCCCCUGGGGGUCACCAGCCUGCAUUGUUUGGCUGAUGGCACCCCGAGGAGGCCCUCUCUGUGGGAGCGCACGGGUCGGUGGGAGGUCGUCGGUGGCAGUAGGCGGUCUCGAAGAUAGCUAGGCCCUAUGCCAUGGAGCGCUUUAAAGGUGAUAACCAACACCUUGAAGCGCACCCGGAAGACCACCGGGAGCCAAUGCAGUUCACGCAGGAGCGGUGUUACAUGGGAGCGCCACGCUGCUCCCGUCACUACCCGCGCUGCUGUGUUCUGGACCAGUUGGAGCCUCCGGGUGCUCUUCAAGGGGAGCCCCAUGUAGAGAGCAUUGCAGUAAUCAAGGUGAGAGGUUACGAGGGCAUGAGUGACUGUGCACAAGGAAUCCCGAUCAAGAAAGAGCUGCAACUGGCGGAUCAGGCGAACCUGAUAAAAUCAAAAUUAUCUUUUUGAUGGUCUGCAGUCUUCUUCACUUCUCAGUCUUUAAUUAAAGCAUAAAGGAAGCCUUUAGGAAUAAUUCUUCCCAUUGAGCUUUUGCAACAGGGGUGCUCCUGAGGGCUAUUAUACAUGGGGGCUAUUCUGUUUCUGGUGCAAAAUAGCCUGCACCUGAUGUCAUUGCCUACUAUCUGGAAACAACUCACAGCAAACAGCCCAAACUUCAAGUACUUUGAAAGAAAUUUUCUGUUCAUUUUGUGAGGAACAUUCUUUUUCAUUUUUGUUUCAUUUCUUUUGUUUUGGCUAGAAGCCUGACUUACCACCGUGCCUCUCUCAACAGACAAAUUAUAAACUAAUCCUGUAGAAGUGUCUGGCAAAAUCAGAAGACAUGUUUGUUCUCUUUUGAUGUCAGCUAUCCACCCAACAAGUUUGAAAUGUAACAAAUAUACAACUUAGGGAUGAUAAUGAUUGGAGAAAGUGGUUCAAACAUUUCUCCUUCUGCUGAAUAAAUUGUCCGCCCAAUUUCCUUGCCCACAAAUUUAGACAGAAAUUUUGAAGCACCCUUUGAGGCCAGUUCUUAUUUUAAGUGAGAAGUCACCUGCUCAUUUUGAUGUUAUAUUCUGAAAAAAGAUUGCUAGCAUCCAACUGCAAUUCUGGAUCUGUUUAAAAUGCAAACAAGAAUAUUAAGGUAAGAAUGAAAGAGCCCUAUCAAAUAGAAAAACAAAGAUUUUUUUUUGUUUUUCUUAAAAAAAAAACUCACAAGAGAUUAUCCCCAAUUAGACCCAUUAUUCCCAAUUUAAUAGAAUAGUAGGUCUCUUUCUCACUGCUAGAUAUUUCUAGAAAAUGGUUUUAUAGAAGCACGAAAUUGAGAUCAUUGUGUUAGCUUUCCUUUAUAUUCCUUUAUAUCAGAAUUUUAAAGUUUUAAAUUGAAGAGUAUCGAAGGUCAACAGUCUCUUAAAUAAAAGCUUUCUUCCCAUCAGGCGUUUGAUGUUCCAUUUUUCCCCCGCCAAUCUUCUAGCCCAAAAAGCAGUUUUGGUGGGAACUCAAACUGAUAGGAAUGGAAUUCCUGACUCAUACUUCUAUUAUAUUUUUUUCUGAAAUCUUUAAUAUAGGAAGAAUGGGCAGCCUAUACUUCCAAGCUCCAUUUUGAGAGUGCAAAGAUAAUGUCUCUGAAAUUCACAUGCAAAACACUGAUUCAUGCCAGCACAAUUGUCUGGUGACAAAAAUUGAAAAAUAUGUACAUUAUGUUAGAUUUAACUUCUCCCUAUUUAAUUAAACUUCUUCAAAAUAACAAAAGUCGUCUAAAAUUUUUCUCAUCUCUUCAGUGAUAUCUUAUGCACCUUAUGACUUUUAGCCAUCUUGUCCAUGAGGAGUUACUGGCUUUCGAAUAAGUUUCAAUUCUAAUUACACUAAUAAUUUUAAAAAUGCUUUCCCCCUUAUCUUUGGAAGAAUAAAUAAUUUUAAAAAGGUUUGAGUUUUGACUGAUUAAGAUCAGCAUCUCAUAGAUUGACUCCAUUCUUACAAAGUUUUUGUCCAACUAUUGCUCUCUGGCUGCUGUAAAAGUGGUGAAUUAAAUGGUUUUGCUGUGGAUUGAACAUUGCGGUGUUUGAGGUGUUUGGAAAUCUGUGGAAAUGGUAUUGUACUUAAUUUAUGCUAAUUUUAAGCUAGAUAAAAAAAUAAAUAUUGUUCAAAUUUAUUUUAAGCAAUUUUGCAGUUUUGGAAUGUAGAGAUGAACUGCCUUUUUGUUACCUGAUGAUCUAUGUUUUCCUCAUACUCUGUGAGCUGAAUAUUUUCCCAAAUUAAUCCCAGUUAGAAUCCAUUGCUGAACCAGGAUCUGUAUAGGCACUGAAAAUGUUGGAUUAAUAGGUUUAAAAACAGUUUUGUUUAAAUUAUUUCAGUGUGCUUUUAUAGUGAAAUCAAAUUCUUUGGUUUUUGUUACUCAUUUGUAGCAGGAAAUAUAAUUUUGAUAUUUUCCCAUGUCUUAAUGGGGAUUAUAUGUAUUUUAAUAGUAAUAAAAUUAUUUUCAGGUUUGGUUAAAAUUGUCAGGGUUUGGCUUUUUUAUAUUAAGCAAUGAGUGAAAUCAAUAAAUGUGUUUAUUCAUAACUUCAUUUAAAGGAAUUUAGACACAAAAUACAGAUCAUUGUAUUUUAUCUCUGUCAUAUUUUAAAUUAUCAUCUAGUUUCUUAUUAUAGCACCAGAAAUAUGAGAAAAGACUUUGUGUAUGGAAACUGGAGAUGGUCUAUCUUAGCAGAAUGUAUUAUUGAUUGCUGUGUUAAAUUGUUUUAAUUAACAUUCACCAUAUGUGAGCACAUUCACCAUAUAAUGAUGUGUGUCCAUAUGUAUAUUGAAGGUAAUAGCAAUUGUUUUAUGAAAAAGGAGUCAAAUAUGUAAAUUAGAAAGCAACACCCAACAAAAACAUUUAUUUUUAAGUGCAAUAUAUUUAUUUCUGUCAAAAUAUGUCAACACUAUCUGUUAUUUGAAUUACUAAAGUGAUUUGUAAACACCUUAAAACAAUUUAUAAACAUCUUAAAAUAAUUAUAUAUCAUAAAAUUGUAUAUGUGUGAAUGUGUGGAUAUUCAUUUUCUUUCAUUAAAACAUUGGGAUUUUAAAGUAUAAUAUGUGUUGGAAGAAAUAUCCUUCUGGGUUCGGGUCCAAGUGGGGGAAAAGACACUGGAAACAUGGUGGCUGUUCGGAAAGAUGGUUUUAAUGGUGGACAGGAUCACAUGCCUUGUUGUUGGGUAAAGAAAGAAAAGGGCAGAGAUGCUGAGAGUGCCCUGGUUUUAUGCCCUCUGUUGGGCCCCACCUUAGAGUUUCCUGUUCCUGUACAAGAAAUGUAUCCCAUUGGCUGUCAGACUCCCAGGGGGCGGGGGUCUUAGCUAACUUUGUAGGUUUGCUGGAUGAUGUAGUCUUCCCAGGUACCAUGUGGUGAGUUUGUUGCUAGAUGGGUUCUAUUAUGUCCUGGCCUUUUGUGUGGCAGAUGAGCUGGCUCAGGCCUUAAUGGCCCAUUGACAAAGGAGGGGAGCUGAAUUUCUGCCUCCCUUUUAGGGGAAAUAUUCUACCCUUUUAAUAUUUCCUAAAAUAUUUCAUUUUCUAGGAGAGCGGUGGGUUUUAACUUCCUACAUAUGUAUAUUUUAUUUAAACUUUGCACUUCAUGAUUAGGGUUUAAAUUAUUUGCAAGAUAUAAGACUUGUACCCAGGGGUGAAAUCCAAAAUUUUUCCCUACUGGUUCUGAGCACGUGGCUUGGUGGGCGUGGCAGGGGAAGGAUAUUGCAAAAUCUCCAUUCCCACCCCACUCCAGGGUGAAGGAUACUGCAAAAUCUCCAUUCCCUCCCCUCCUGAGGGAAGGAUAUUGCAAAAUCUCCAUUCCCACCCCUCUCUGGGGCCAGCCAGAGAGAGUAUUUGCUGGUUCCCCAAACUACUCAAAAUUUCCACUACCAGUUCUCCAGAACCUGUUAGAACCUGAUGGAUUUCACCCCUGCUUGUACUUCUCCUUCGUCACUCCCUCCCAGUGCUUCCCUAGAAGUUAUUAUUUUUUGUAUUUCUGUAAGUAAGAAAAAAUAGUUGAAUCCAAACAGAUUUAAAUACAUAUUUAAUUUAAUUUGCCUCUAAACCUUCAAAAGCAUUUCCAGGAACUUUACAUUAUUACUACUACAAGCUGAGGCCCUGCAGGCUACUAAAAAUGCAGUUUUUGACUUCGCUGUUUAGCUAGUGAGCUUAUUCUUCAUAUUCCUGAAUAUUCACACCUUCUGUAUACCCAUGAAUAUUUGAUGUCUAUGGUGCAUUGUUUUUGGUGAGGACAGCUAUAAUUAAAAAUGCUUAUAAAUGGUUUACUGCACAUUUUAUAGUGCCCACAUUCUACAGGAUGGAAAAAAAACCCCAUUGGAAUAAGGAAGUAAGAGUUGUUUCUUUUCUUUUUUUAAAAUAGUCUUUAAGUUUUAAAAUAGUCUUUUUUAGUUUUAAAAGUACAUUUCCAUUUGUACAGUUUUCAAUUAUCGGUAUCAAUUCAAAUUUCAUAAUUCCAAGUUAUGGCCUAUAAUUCUAUACAUUAUAUCCACCUUUAAAUACUUAUCUUUUACUAUGCUCUACAUUUGUUCUUCUUUAACAUCAAUUUAGUUAUAUAUAUAUAUAUGCAAAAAAUAAUGCAAAAACUUAAGAAGACAUAUAUAUAUGUGUGUGUGUGUGUGUGUGUGUGUGUACUUACAUAUUCCUUUUACCCUUUAACAUGUUUUAUCAUAUUCAUAAAUAUAUAGAAUUUUCAAUUUAACAUACUUUCUAUAUAGUCUUUAUGCAUUAAUUUUACAUCUAGUUUCUAGCCAGUAAUACGACAUAUUCCAACUUUUGUAAUACCUGUUUCCUCUUUAUCUUUUAACUUCAUAGUUAAUUUAUCCAUUUCUGCACAAUUGAGCACCUUUUUUAUUAUCAUUGUGUUUGAUGGCAUGUUUUCCUGUUUCCAAUUCUGGGCAAAUGUAAUUCUUGCUGCUAUUGUAAUAUGAAGUAUAAUAUAUUGAAUCUUUUUACUUAUAUUUCCUUUUAUAAUACCCAAUAAAAACAAAUCUGGCUUCAUCUCAA